GGGGGAUGCAUUUAAUUACAGACAGUGGCAUGCUAUAGUUCACUGCUAGAACUCACAUUGGCAGGUAAAGGGAACAGAAGAUAGCCUUGCCUGUAAAGCAGCUCUAGAGGCACUCUAGUAUUACUAUAGGAAGCAAGGCAGACAUGCUGUCUCUGAGUUAGUUACAGAUAGUGGGGAUGUACAAAAUAUCUCCCAGGCAGCACUGGCCAUUUUCUCCCCCUCCCCUUUCCAAACACACAUAGCUCUGGUGCUGUCUCUUUCUGGCAUUUAUUUCUGCGUGAGAAAAGGUGCAUGGUGCCUGGGAAGAAAAAAAAUAGCAAACCACUGGAGUGCACUUGGAUUUUCUUACUCGGGAUUAAAAUAACUUGGCAUGCUGAGACAAGAGGGACAUAUCUGGGCAAAUGUACUUUUUUCUGUUUGUGAGAAAUUGCUUGGAUGGCUUAUUUUUACUUUUAAUCAUUGACUCCAUCUUUAAUUUGGCACUGUUGCAACGACUUAGUUCAGGUUUGCCUUCUGCUUAGAAGUGGUACUGUUUCCCUCUUGACAAUGCUUACUGAGAAGUGUUUGGGAUUUGCUUACUCUGGCUUGUAUCUCUGGGCAUCUCUGUUCGUAUCCUUCAUUAAAGUUUCUCAGCAGGGCGAGAGCCAGAGGCGCUUGUAUAGAGAACUGCUGAAAAACUACAAUCGCCUUGAAAGGCCUGUGGUGAAUGACUCCCAGCCUCUUCUUGUGGAGCUACAAUUGUCUCUGCUACAGAUAAUUGACGUGGAUGAGAAGAAUCAGGUGUUGAUAACAAAUGCAUGGCUCCAAAUGUAUUGGAUUGACGUUUACUUGUCUUGGGAUCAGUAUGAGUACCCGGGUGUCCAGAACUUACGAUUUCCAGCUGAUCAGAUAUGGGUGCCAGACAUUCUCCUGUAUAACAGUGCGGAUGAAAGAUUUGAUGCAACAUUUCAUACAAACGUGUUGGUGAAUUACUCUGGCUCUUGUCAGUACAUUCCUCCAGGCAUUUUGAAGAGCACGUGUUACAUUGACGUCCGCUGGUUCCCCUUUGAUGUACAAAAAUGUGAUUUGAAAUUUGGUUCAUGGACCCACAGUGGUUGGUUGCUCGAUCUGCAGAUGCUUGAAGCGGAUGUUUCCAACUACAUAUCGAAUGGAGAAUGGGAUUUAGUAGGUGUGCCAGGGAAGAGGAACGUGUUGUACUAUGAGUGCUGCAAAGAGCCAUACCCAGAUGUGACUUACACUGUGACGAUGCGACGGCGCACCCUCUACUAUGGCUUGAACCUACUCAUUCCCUGUGUCCUCAUCUCGGGCCUGGCACUGCUUGUUUUCCUCUUGCCAGCUGACUCAGGGGAGAAGAUUUCUUUAGGUAUCACAGUCCUGCUGUCGCUGACGGUGUUCAUGCUGCUCGUGGCUGAGAUCAUGCCUGCUACUUCUGACUCCGUUCCUCUAAUAGCUCAGUAUUUUGCAAGCAUCAUGGUCAUUGUUGGCCUCUCUGUGGUGGUAACAGUUCUGGUCCUUCAGUUUCAUCAUCAUGACCCACAAGCUGGAAAAAUGCCCAGAUGGGUUCGUGUUGUUCUGCUGAACUGGUGUGCUUGGUUUUUAAGAAUGAGAAAACCUGGAGAAAACAUAAAGCCCCUCUCUUGCAAGUACAGCUACUACAAGCAAGAUUCAAGCAUUAGCAGUGUUGAGAUGAACGUUUUACCUGGGCACCCAUCUAGCAAUGGCAACAUAAUCUACAGCUAUCAUGCCAUGGAAAAUCCUUGCUGCCCACAAAACAGCGAUUUAGGAGGCAAGUAUGGAAAGGUCACUUGCUCCUCCCCGGAAGAUAUUGAGCUUGUUCAAAAGAGGGCUUUAAUGGAUACUAUCCCAGUGAUUGUCAAAAUCCUGGAAGAAGUUCAGUUCAUUGCAAUGCGCUUCAGAAAACAAGAUGAGGGUGAAGAAAUCUGUAGUGAGUGGAAGUUUGCAGCUGCUGUUAUAGACAGAUUAUGCUUGGUUGCAUUUUCAUUGUUUGCAAUCAUCUGCACAUUUACAGUACUAAUGUCUGCUCCAAAUUUCAUAGAAGCUGUUUCAAAGGAUUUUACAUAAAGCUCUGAGAUGAACACAGUGAAAGAAAUGCCAUUUCCAAAUAAGCAUUGCCAUUAACUCUGCUAAAUGAAGUAAUUUGAAACAGAGAAGUGUACUUUUAUGAGCUAACUUGCAUAGAAUGAAGUUGAAAUUAGUUUCAGAAGCUGAUUAUCCCUAAUGGUAGUGAUUGUAAUUACUGAAUAAUAUAAAACACUGGGCUCUGUUAUUUAUUUCUUAGACUGUGUCUACCUGUAAUAAUGUCAUAAUCUGUGACAAUUGAGAUAGUUGAGAACCUAAACUACAGUAUAUUUGUUACAACUUUACACUAGUGUGUGUGUGCUGCUAAGAAAACACUAGUAGAAAUUUAGCUACUCUUUAACAGCUACUUUGACAAAUCACUCAGAUUAACCUGUUCUUUAGUAAACUGUCAUUUUUGGUAUCUUUACAUUUUAGCAUCUUUGUUUAUUAUGGCUGUGCUGUGCAUUUCUCAGAUUGGCAGUGAUCACUCUGCACUCUGGUAUUGCUGUAUAAUGCCUUCAGUGAAAUAAACUACAAUUGUGUUAGCUUUUACUAAUUCUGUGACAAAAUUUUUUUUCCAGUAAAUAUGUUGACAUAAUGUAUUUUUGCUAAGAUUUUAAAGUAUUUUUUUUAAAUGCAUGUAAGAUUGGUUGUUGAAAGAAAACAGAAAAUUUGGUACCCAUUCAGGCACGUGCAUAGAUUCUACAUGAGCCUGCCGCAGUCUCCUCUUGCUGUUUAGCUGUUGCUGUGGUGCUGGCUUUGUGCUUAAAUUGAAACAUCUCUAAUGAUUUUGAAUUAAAGCUGCCAUUUAAAUACAGCUUCAGUAAAGGCCAUGGGAGGAUGCCACUUAUUUCAGUUGGAGGCCAGGACUUCACUGUUAGAAUUCUCAGGUUUGUCUUGCAGUGCUAUAUCUUUAUUCUUUGCUCAGUUCUGUUUGUAUGAUCUACUUUCAAACAUGGCCACAGCAGUCUUGUUAAAAGAAUUGUGUAAAAGCAAAAUUUAUUUUUUGUUAGCUACACUUUGACAUAGCCUACUUUUGUGUUUACAUGUACCAAUUUGCUGUUAUUAACUAUUAUAAUGCAAUGUUUAAACAUUAAUAAAGAGUAAUUGUUAAAUCAG